CGUAUUUCCUUAUUGAAAUUAAAUUCGAGAUAGAAGAAAAUCAGACAACUUACAGCACGGAAAUACAGUGUCCGAAUGCGGAAAAAAUUGCGGAACUGAUGAGGAAGAGAACUGGACAGAAGCACAUCACCGCGAGAGAUGUGGUCUGCACAACGGAUAGAAAGGUGAAAAUUCGCUUCGCCGUACGUGCCAACGAAAGCGAAAACGUGAUUGCUGCAACUAAACAGUGUACAAGGAUACCUGGGAAAGAGGGCCAGUGCCUUAUUGGUGACGGUGUGUACAUGAAAGCCGACAGCAUAAAAAGCCGUGAGGUUACAAGCCCGCCUUCAACGACAGUCGAACUAACAACAGCACGGGCGUCAACGGAAAAUGCUUCGUCGAUUCCCAGCGAACAAUCGACCGAUUCAACAGUUUCUGUCAGUCCGGUGACUAAACUUCAAACCAGGUUCCAUGCAUCGACUAUGUCGUCACCGACUGCAACACCAGUAAACGCGUCAUUGGCCAAAGAAGAAGCGUCUACUUCGAUCCCUACUGAUGUUACCAUUAGAGCAAAUGAAACGGCCUCUGAAUCGGGAACAACUCGGUCGACAGCGGAUUUUGUUCCUACUUCCAACACUACUGGCGGUGAGGUUACAAGCCCGCCUUCAACGACAGUCGAACUAACAACAGCACGGGCGUCAACGGAAAAUGCUUCGUCGAUUCCCAGCGAACAAUCGACCGAUUCAACAGUUUCUGUCAGUCCGGUGACUAAACUUCAAACCAGGUUCCAUGCAUCGACUAUGUCGUCACCGACUGCAACACAAGUAAACGCGUCAUUGGCCAAAGAAGAAGCGUCUACUUCGAUCCCUACUGAUGUUACCAUUAGAGCAAAUGAAACGGCCUCUGAAUCGGGAACAACUCGGUCGACAGCGGAUUUUGUUCCUACUUCCAACACUACUGGCGGUGAGGUUACAAGCCCGCCUUCAACGACAGUCGAACUAACAACAGCACGGGCGUCAACGGAAAAUGCUUCGUCGAUUCCCAGCGAACAAUCGACCGAUUCAACAGUUUCUGUCAGUCCGGUGACUAAACUUCAAACCAGGUUCCAUGCAUCGACUAUGUCGUCACCGACUGCAACACAAGUAAACGCGUCAUUGGCCAAAGAAGAAGCGUCUACUUCGAUCCCUACUGAUGUUACCAUUAGAGCAAAUGAAACGGCCUCUGAAUCGGGAACAACUCGGUCGACAGCGGAUUUUGUUCCUACUUCCAACACUACUGGCGGUGAGGUUACAAGCCCGCCUUCAACGACAGUCGAACUAACAACAGCACGGGCGUCAACGGAAAAUGCUUCGUCGAUUCCCAGCGAACAAUCGACCGAUUCAACAGUUUCUGUCAGUCCGGUGACUAAACUUCAAACCAGGUUCCAUGCAUCGACUAUGUCGUCACCGACUGCAACACAAGUAAACGCGUCAUUGGCCAAAGAAGAAGCGUCUACUUCGAUCCCUACUGAUGUUACCAUUAGAGCAAAUGAAACGGCCUCUGAAUCGGGAACAACUCGGUCGACAGCGGAUUUUGUUCCUACUUCCAACACUACUGGCGGUGAGGUUACAAGCCCGCCUUCAACGACAGUCGAACUAACAACAGCAAGUGCGUCAACGGAAAAUGCUUCGUCGAUUCCUAGCGAAGAAUCCACAGAUUCAACAGUUUCUUUCAAUCCGGUCACUGAACUUCAAACCACGAGCCAUGCAUCGACUAUGAUGUCACCGACUACAACGCAAGUGAACGCGUCAUUUCCAGAAAGAGAAGCGACUACUUCGAUCACUACUAAUGUUGCCAUCAGAGCAAAUGAAACGGCCUCUGAAUCGGGAACAACUCGGUCGACAAUGGAUGCUGUUUCUACUUCAAACACUACUGAUCUGUGCAGGACGUUUGGCGUGGAGAUAUGUGGUGCGCUGCCUUGCGUUCAAACGCGGGACAUGUUUGAGUGCAAAUGCGACGACAGUCAGUACUUUGACAGUGCUGCUAAGGAAUGCCAAAGCAUUCACAACUGUAAUGUUCAGCCAUGCAAAGUAGGAAAAUGCGAAGACGACAAUGGCAAGUCUAACAGAACAUGUAUAUGCGAUAACCCGGACCUUACAGAAGACUGCAAUGUGAGUAAGGCGAAGGAAACAAUCUGCAGCGACAAAAACGCAAUGGCUAAGCUGAACGAUGAUGGCAAUGUAGAAUGUGUCUGUCAAGAAGGAUUCAAGAUGAUAGGUGACAAAUGCAUAGACGUUAUAUGCCUGGACUAUUCAAGUACUUGCAAGACACUGUGCCAAACGACAGAUUUAGGUCGGGCUCAAAAUCAAGGCUGCUGCGUCGGAUGGAAAAACGAGUCAUGCGAAGCGCACCCUCCGAAAGAAAGCUGCGACCCGGGGUACGUCUUCCGCAAUGGCAGCUGUACAGACGCAUGCACAGCAGGUGAAGCUGGCAAAAUGUGCAAUCGUGGAUGCACGCCGGGCGCAGAACACAGCGGUGUGCCUUUCUACUGCAACUGCGGAGAGAACGAACAGUUUAAUAACUACACAUUACUGUGUGAAGCGCGAUCGCAAUGCAAUUCUGAUGAGGAAAACAACUGCACGGCAAAUGGAUACUCGCAAUGCUUCAUGAAACAGGGAGCCCACAACUGCACAUGCAGAGAAAGUGAGCUCUAUAACGGAGAAAGGUGCACAUCUACGUGUAGUAAAAAGGCUUUAGAAGCGUGCAGAGAGCGAAAGGCGGAGUGCGCCAUCAAGGGUAACACGGAAGAAUGCGUAUGUCGGCUGCCAAAGGCCUUCAACGGUGAUGAUGUGUGCACACAAGACGGAAUCAAAGUUAUAGAGAUAGAGUUCCAAAUUAGCGAACCCACUUCUAUGCUCUACAGCAUAGCAGUGGUAGACAGAGAACGCGAAGAAAUUGCUGAAGCGGUGAGAGCAAAGACAGGCCACAAACACGUUACUGCGGAGAAUGUGAUCUACAAUAGGGACAACAGUGUAGGUGUGAAGUUCGGCGUAGGACUUAAGGAUAGCAGAAGGACGCUGUCAACGUUACUUCACUGCCAAAGAAUACCAAUGUUUCCAAACCAUUGCCUCAUGGGAAAUGGCAUCUUCUUCAGAGCGAACAGCUUGCAUGCAACAUGGGCUGCGAGCAUAGUCCAAGAGGAAGUCAUGGUAAAAGCAAGGAUCACUAGAGUUACAGCAGGAGCCAAAAUGAAUUUUGUCGUAGUAUCCAUCUGUCUCGGCUCAUUACUCUUAUUCGGCAUCAUUGUCUCAGCCAGCAUCAUCGUGAGAAUGAGACGGAAACUCCUGCGGCUGCGUCACCAGUCAGCUCAACCUGAGCACGGAAACUCUUACGGGGGCACGGAACGUGCGCAUAUUCUUUCAACAAAUUAAAGCCUGCCCACCUGUCUUCUCCAUCAGUGCCCGUCACUCGUAACGGCUAACGGGACCAUCUCAAGCGCGAACAGAGAGCAUCAUCUUCGACACAAUUUUUCAGCCACCUCUGGUUCACGUACUUGUUUAGCAGUCGUAACCCUGAAAAGCCACACCGCCGUGGGAUCUAUUGCGAUUGCUUAUGCAAGAAGGUACAACCUUUAUUCCACACAGGUGCAUAACAACUGCAAUUGGAUUUCUGGGCAAGACGUUCGUACUUCGUACGUACAAAAGCGUAUGUAGCCCAACAAAGUGCGAACACCAAAACAUAUCAAAGAAAACAAAACAACUUGUUCGUCUUUAUUUCUAGACAUCGAGGGUACAUUCGUAGAAAACAAAAUAAUGCAACGUUAUGCGUGUUUUCAUUAGUGUAGAAUUUAAUAAACAAUGAGGCUGCUCAGCUAUCUACAACUGAAACGUCGCUUCAGCGUACACAUGUUAGAAACGCCACUAUUAUUUCUGAGUUUAUUUUCCAGCGGUUAAAUCAGCACUUUGAGUACCAAACUGAACGCGUCACGAGUUGUACCUGGGGCGUUGUUGGGUUAAAAAAAAAGGUUUUUUCUCAUGCCGCUGCUAGUGAUCAUGAUGGCGAACAAACAAACAGUUGUGAGAGUUGGCAUGCCCGCGUAGUUUUAGCUCUAUUUUGCGGAGUUUUGAGAGGAAUCGGCCAGUCAUUCCAAGGUGCGCUUGCGCCACGCUUUUCCGCCGCGGUGCUGGUUUUUUAAGAAAGCGAGAACUAGACAAGAAAAUGUCCGCAAAAGAAAGGGGAUAAAGAAGACUGAAGAUGCGCGUUUCAAAAUGACAUUGCUUGCGUUGUAUCAGAGUGAAACAAUGGUCUCGAUUAACAUGUGUGGCGACUACACAGGUACCUGAGCCUACUGUUGUUUUGGUUCUGUUUUCUUGGAGAUGACUAUAAACAGCUAACACACUUCCAAUAAAUUAUUAUUAAACUUU